ACAUCGCAACCGACCCUCAGAACUGAGAAUGGCUGACGAAGAAAGCUACGAAUCCGAGCUCGACCUGCUGCAGGCAAUGUACUACGACGAAAGCUUGAUUGUCAGCCCCGACAAUCCACGCGAGCUGUCAGCGCUCAUUGCGCCGCGCACCGCCCACGACGAAAAGCAGCAGUUUGUGCGCUGCACACUUGGCAUUCUCGUGCCACCCAAGUAUCCACACGAGUUGCCGGCCAUCUCCAUUUCCAAGCCGCGAGGGCUGAGCGAGGCCCAAGUCCACGAUUUGCUCGCAGUGCUUCGCGCGCAUUGUACCGCAAACAAGGGCCAACUGAUGCUCUACCAGCUCAUCGAGCUGGCUUGCGAACGUCUCACCACAAAUAACAUGCCCACUGGCGCCUGCCCGGUCUGCUUGGACGAGUUUGACCAGGACUCGCUCGCACGCACCGAGUGCUUUCACGCCUUCCAUACGCAUUGUUUCGAGUCUUAUCUUGCAGCACGCCACGAGCGGCGCCAGGAGCUCUCGCGCGAAGUGAUCAAUCACUGGGAAAAAGUACCAGAGCUGCUGCAGGUGGACGAUGUCUCGCAAACCCAGUGUCCCGUUUGCCGCGAGCGCAUCCCUGUUCCACCCCAGGUUGACACUUCCAUCCAACCAAAGCUGCGCUCUGCUGCUAUCGAAACGGAGGAACCAAUUGUGUUUGUGCCGUCACCCGAGUUGCGUGCUCAACAAGCGCAAAUGGCCAUCUUGUUUGAAAGACAAAAAUCUCAGAACGGCAUUAUUGAUCGCGACGCCAAACGCAAAGAACGCCACAUUGGGACCAGAAUCCCCGUGCCGCAAUCUGACAGAGAUGAUAGUAAUAGAGAUAGUAGUAGUACCAGUAGUAGUAGUCCUUCCCCAGCCGUCGAGGCCAUACCAGAGGUUGUCUCGACAAGCCCAGCUGCUGAAGUCGAGGAAACCAAAACUGGUGAAGAUUCGACUGAAACCGGAAACGAGCCGUUUCCCUUUGAAAAUCCAAAGUACGGCAAAAAGAACCGCAAUUCUAAGCCCGCCGUUCAAUCUGCCGGGCCUUCAGAGUCCGAGGAAGCGGAUACCACGGCCGUGGAUACAAAGGUCAGCCUUAGCACGCCCGUUUCCAAGCCCAAACACAAAAACCACCGCAACAAGCGAUGAGUACUAGCGAAAAAAACAGCUGUUCCUUGCGAGCUCCAUUGACUGGUUUCGAUGCUUGUAACGAGAUGUAUCAUACACUGUUCCCUUGUCUCGGAGACGAA